UUCCCCCCACGCAAGUUUUCCGACCUCGCGCGCGUGGAGCGCGACAUCCGAAACCUCGCCAUGCAGCGCUGCAUCGAGGAGGUCUUGGCAGAGGGCGGGUCCGCGGAGUUGCUCAAGGCGCAGCUGGUGCGCUGCGCCGAAAGCGCGGGCCAAUGCCUGGAGGCCGCGUUGAGCACCCAGCCCUUGGCGGCAGCGGCGAAGGCCUGUGCCAUCACCGAGCAGGAGGAGGACUUGGUGGCUGCCUUCUGGUCCCAGCUCUGGCAGUUUCUGGGCUGGUACAACGCCCUGCAGCUGGUGAUUAUUCCCUGGGUCUUCCUUUGGAUGUUCUCCAGCGCGGUACUGGGGCUGGCGCGCUUCGCGCGCUUCCAGUACCAGCUCCUGCGGAUCAGCGUGGACACUUUGCUCCUCAUGGCGCUGAGCGUGCUGACAGACAUCGAGGACGGGUUCACCUGGCUCUUCCGCCAGCUCCACGGAUGCUUCUCCCAGAGAGCAAAGAAGCGGCUGCGCCUGGAGCGCGACCUGAAACGCGCCCCGAGCUUCGCUGAAUUCCGGCGGGCCGAAGAGGCGCUGCGGAAGGCGGGGCGGGAGGAGAGCUGCUGCCGCCGGCCCAGCCGCUGCUCCAUGGAGGAUCACCUUCAAGUGCUGCACUUGGAGCUCGAGAAAUCCCUGGCAGCAAGCACGACCGGCAAGGAGGACCUGGCGAAGCUGGAGCCGCUGCUGGUGGACCAAGCCGGCGGCGUGGAGUGGACCCGCGUGCCCAACGCCGAGCAGUAUUUGGAGAGGCUCUGUCACUGCCUGAAAGCUGUGUGCGGGCGUCGCCAAGAUCAGACCGUUCUACAGGAGUGGCUCAUUGAGCGGCGCAAGGCCAUUGGGAGGACGGCCCUGUGUCUCAGCGGAGGAGGAUCUCUGGCCAUGCACCACAUGGGGGUGUGCCGCUUCUUGCUGGAGGAGGGCUUGAUGCCCAAGAUCGUCAGCGGCGUGUCCGGGGGCUCCAUCGUGGCGGCGUUUUUGGCCAUCCACACCGACGAAGAGAUCCUGAGCCACGUCUUUGUGCCGGGCAUCCCUCAUCGGCAUUUGCCACACCGCUGGUUUCCCCACUGGUGGAAGGAGCUGGUGAACUUCCUGCGCUUGGGCGUGCUUGUGCCCACCGAGGACUUCGAAGGCACCUGCGAGGCCUUCUUCGGCACCUGGACCUUUGAAGAGGCCUUCCAGCGCACCAAGCGCCCGGUGACCAUUGUGAUCUCCUCGAACUUCUCCCGGAAGCUCCCGGCCUGCGUGAUGCUGAACCACAUGACCACCCCACGGGUCACCAUCGCCAGCGCGGUGGCUGCCAGCUGCGCCGCCCUCGGGGUGAUGAAGCCCAGGGGACUGGUGGUCAAGUCGGCGGACGGGCGGUUGGAGCCCUACAACGUGCUGGGCUCCUCCUUCGCCGAUGGCUCCUUCACUGCGGAGGUGCCUAAGGACUACCUGCGCUCGGUCUUCGGCGCCACACGUUUCCUGGUCUCCCAGGUGAACCCGCACGUCUCGUCCUUCCUGGAGGUGAAGGGUGGGGUGCUGCACAGCUUGAGGGCCUUCUUUGGCACCGACCUGCAGCAGAGAGCUCGGAUGCUCUCCGAGUACAACUUGCUGCCCUCCUUCUUUGGUCGGGCCAUGUGCCAGGCGACGAAGCACUUGUCCCAGGACUUUCAGGAGUCCAAGAGCGGCCUCACGGUGCACCCGCCGCUCCGCGAGGGCGGCCUCGGCUCCGUGAAGGCGGCGGUGACCAACCCCUCCUUCCGCGACAUGGAGCGCUACCUCCUGUCUGGCCAGCGGAUGGCAUGGGAAAAGGCCCACGAGAUCCGGAAGAUGAUGUUGCUGGAGGCUGCAGUGACUCGGAUCCUGGAUCAGCUGGUUUCCGGGCCCAGCCCGGAGCCCAUGUGCCCCUGCCAACCGCCGGAGGGCGCGGAAUCCCGCCUCCGGGAGCAAAAGGGCGCGAUGUGAAUCGGAGGUCCUGACCUGGACCCUCAAGGAAAACUCACUUCCCAGACGCUCCGAUCGGCUUCGGCUUC